GUUAAGCCGAACACCAUGGAACGUGAAAAGUGCAAGCGAUUCGGCCCCCCCGACGAGAAUGGAGAUUAGGACUUCGCAAUUGCUAACUUGAUCCGCAGACGAGCCCAGUAUCCACAAUCUCAUAUCAAACUACAAAUAGCCACACGCUUCACCCUUGGGGACCAUUCCAUCUUCCCCAUCAUGACUUGGAACAACCUCCCAACUGAACUUCACCUGGCUGUUGCUCGCUUUCUCCCUCCCCAAGAUACUCGUGCUCUUUCACAUACCUCCAGAACUUCCUACAAUCUUCUCUUGCCUCAGAUCUUUUCCGAUGUCACACUUUCAUCUCGUACUGCACUGCAAUCAUUCGCAAUCCACGUACCACUCAGUUAUGGGGCCUAUAUAAGGCGCCUUAGUGUUUGCACGAAACCUGCCGAGAGUGCUCUCGUACAUGAAGUUGACUGUACAGAACACCUUGCCACUAUUCUUGCCACUUGUUCCUCCCUGCGGUCCCUAUCCCUCUCGCUCGCCGCAUCACUCGAUACAUUCAAAAUCACACCCGUGUUUGCCACUCUUACAACAGUUCAAAAAUUCGAAAUCUCCUGCUGGGGUCAAGAAGAGACUGCGCCUGUAUCUGAGCGUGUUGCAGUCUCCCUCGCCGCUUCCUUAUCGUCCCUCACUCAUCUUACCCUGUCCCGCAUCACUCGUUCAGCAUUACAUGUAAACAAUUGCUUUCCAUUGGGCGUUCCGUUGGUGCUCAAUGACCACGAUGUCCCUUCCCACCCUAUCCUCGGCGAGGAGCUCUGCCUCCCCAGCCUCCUGAAACUUCCCACUCUCAAGUCACUCGAACUCAGGGACGUAUGGAUUGAUUGCGAUGAAAACAUGUGUCUGCAAGGGAAACUGGCCCAGCUGGACCGUCUAUCGCUAUACGGAAGCAUGUACAGGGUCGGUGAAGUGGAAAAUAAGGCCUGCUUGGCAUGGCUUCGGGCUUGCGGUCCUGCUUUGCGGUCAUUUAAAACAGGCAUUCCUCUUGGCGAAUUCCAGCCGUCUACUUGCCUCGGAAAGGACUGGAUGGCCGCGGAGAAUGAAUCCAUCAUCCCCCCUCUACCUACUUUCACAAACUUUCAUGUGGAUGCCGAACGAGUCGCUUUAGAUGACCUUCUCCCGAUGCUCAAUGUCUUGUCCGCUUGUGAAAUCAAGCGUAUCACCAUCGCCAACGCAACAAUGUGUGCUGCUCAGGAUGCGUUCACGCGGGAAUGUGCGUCUGACGAAUUCGAGGAAUGGCAGGAUGCUGUCGAGCAGUUUCUCGCUUCAAACCAGUGGGAUUCUCUCAAGAGCGUGGAGUUGAAUUUUGGUGAAGGCACUCAAAGGAUCUGGAGCUUGUAAGCGGGGCAGUUAGUUUUUCUUUCUUUCGGCGGAUCAUUUUGUUGGGUCUUUUUUCUCUUUCUCCUCGGGCUCUUGUAAAACCCUCCGUGCCAAAUGAAGCAUCUCAUUUUACACUUAUUGUUCACUUGCUAGAUAUACUGCCUCUU